GUCUCUUUUCUGUCACUGUUUGUCUAAUGUUGGCCUGUGACGUUGGAGGUCACAGUUUUUGUAAGUAGAAAAGGAAUCCAAGAGGGUGAGGCCCGUCAGUCGCUCCCGGAACGAGGAGCGAGUGGAAAGAUGGUUUACAUCUCGAAUGGACAAGUGUUGGACAGCCGGAGUCAGUCCCCAUGGAGAUUAUCUUUGAUAACAGAUUUCUUUUGGGGAAUAGCUGAGUUUGUUGUCUUGUUUUUCAAAACCCUGCUUCAGCAAGAUGUGAAGAAAAGAAGAGGCUAUGGAAACUCCUCUGAUUCCAGAUAUGAUGAUGGAAGAGGGCCACCAGGAAACCCUCCCCGAAGAAUGGGUCGAAUCAAUCAUCUGCGUGGACCUAGUCCUCCUCCAAUGGCUGGUGGAUGAGGAAGGUAA